AUGCGAUGUCCGUUCCUCUUCCCCUCCGUGGAAAGGUUAAUUAAGAACAUUGAAAGGUAUCUGGAGGGAACACUAGCCCCAAACUCCAUGUCCAUUGGCGUUGGCAGUGUGGUGACUUAUUUUCACAAGGCCACCAGUCCUUUCAGGGGCCUUAAGAUCUCUGCCAGUGAGACUGAGGCAGAGACGGAUGGGGAGCCCCCGAACCUCAUAGUGAGUGUCCAGCUGCCAGGAGAGCUUGAUGUUGGACUGUUGGAGCACGUUAUUUUCUGCAUGAUUCAUCUUCCAAACAGGUCGAACAUUUCAGGAUCCUCCGAACUGGUCAACGAGCGGUUGAUCGGCCUGACUGUACCUAAGAAGAACAUUUCAGGACUUCAGGAAAGAGUCAACAUCACCAUACAUAAUCCCGGGAACAUUGAUAUAACCCAUAAACCCCAGUGUGUGUUUCUAGAUUAUCCCACCAAAAAAUACAGGAGUGAUGGCUGCCUGACCCUGUGGGAACGCGGCCAGAAUAACGUCACCUGUUCUUGUGACCAUCUCACAUAUUUCGGUGUGCUCAUGGUGUCUGCUAAGCUCUCAGCUACAGACCAGCAGGUUCUGUCGUACAUCACUCGGAUCGGCUGCGGUGUUUCUCUCCUGGCUCUGGUCAUUGUCGUUUUGCUGUUCAUUACAAACAAAAAUGCCCGAGCAGAUGACGCCAAGAAAAUCCACGUCAGCCUUGCAGUUGCCCUCAUCCUCCUCAACGUGCAUUUCCUUCCCAGUCAGGCAGUGGCAGAAAUGUCCCUCCCGGGGCUUUGCCUGUACGUGGCCGUUGGCCUCCACUACUCCUUACUGGCCACCUUUAGCUGGAUGGCUUUGGAGGCAUUCCACCUCUACCUUCUCCUAAUCAAAGUCUUCAACAUCUAUGUCAGCAGAUACCUGCUCAAACUCAGCGUGAUAGGAUGGGGUGUUCCUGCUCUCAUUGUGUCGAUUGUGCCGAUAGUAGACAAGGAAGCUUAUGGUCAUGUCCCUCUGGACUCAUCCCAUCCCAACAGCACAGCAAUAUGCUAUAUAGCCAACAACGUAGUGAAGAAUGUGACCACAGUGGGAGUGUUUGGCUUGGUAUUCCUCUUUAACGUGACCAUCUGUGGAGUAACAGUGAAGUGGGUUCUGAUGAGCCGCCACAACACUGAGUUUGGGCAGAGCCUCUGUGAAAGAGCCAGGCGAGACAUUUGUACCCUGCUGACAAUUUUCACUCUGCUCGGCAUCACCUGGGGGCUGAUCUUCCUCUCCUACGGCCACCUGACCACUCCUCUCCUCUACAUCUUCUGCAUUCUGAACUCCCUGCAAGGUUUCUUCUUCUUCUUGUAUUUUGUGCUGUCUCUGAAAAAGCCCAAAGACUCCCCUUCACAGCUGACCAAUACGACCGGUAGAAGCAAUCAAUGA